AUGAUGAUGAUGAUGAUGAUGUGGCAAUCAUUUCAAAUACUUUUUGUCACCUUAACAUUUAUAAUAAACGAUGGACAAACGAACAAUGCACCAGACUCUGGUGAUCCAACAAAUCAAGGUAAACAUGAGAAGAAAAAAUUCGAGGUAAAAGUAUAA